AUGGUAGAAAAGAAGGCAUCCAGUAGAAAGAACUCCAAUGGCAGCUCACUCUUCACUGCAGAAGAUGAUCAAAAGUUAAUCGAAGGAUACAAGAAGUAUGGCAAUAAUUGGAAGGAUAUCUCUAGAGAAUAUUUCAACGGUCGAUUCAAGACCAAUCAGCUUUUCCAACGAUACAAGAGAGUACUCCUUGCUAAGGAUAAGGAGUCCACAUGGUCCAAGAACGAAGAUAUCGAACUCCUCUCCGUCUAUCAUCACUUUGAUGGCUCUUGGAUUCAAAUGAGCAAAAAGUACUAUAAGGACACCAGAACGGACAACCAACUCUCGAAUCGAUGGGCCUCACUGAAGAAGAGUUGCUGUCUCAUUGACACCUUUGCCAAGUUGAAGCCAAAUAUUAAGAAGGAUCUCUACACAUUUUACAAGAAUGCAAGAAAGACCAAUGGCCCAGAAAGUAUCAGAGACACGAACUUUUCUGAGAUUGUCGAAAUUCCAGACGAUGCCUUCCCAAAGAUUUACCUUGGUGAAGGAAGAAGAGUCCAAAAGGAUACAAACUCAAAGAAGAGAAAGUCUGCUCCAAAGAGAGAAUGCCCAUCUGAAACCUCAACCAAGAAGAGAAAGACUUUUAUUGUUGAGGAUGACGAAGAUGAUUCCUCCUCUUCAGAAGAGGAAGAUGAAGUCUCAGCCAACGAAGAUAUUGCCAUGUUACCAAGAGCUACUCGAGGUCAACGAAUCAACUAUUCCAAGAUGCUUAGUGACGAUGUAGAAGAUGACAGUACAACAAACGAAGAUGACGAAUACGUUCCAAAGGAAGAGUCUGAUGAAGAAGAGGCUGUAGUUCCACCAAUGCCCAAUGUGCAACAACAACAACAACAACAAACCUCUUAUUAUCAUCCACUCAGCCAGCUCUCCAAACAACAAGUUGAAUGGUUGCAAGCUCAAAAGUGCCCAUCGAAGAGAUCUUCGUCCAGCACUGCUCCAGUUUUUAUUACAAACAGUGUUGAUCUUGCCUGUGAUGAAGAUAUUGUUGCUCCACAACAACCACAACAGUUGUCGCAACAACAAAUCUUUGUGCAACCACAAGCAAUGCCUCAACAACUAAUGAUGGCAAAGAUGGAAAAGCAAAUCCAAUACACUGUUGUCGACAACCGUGACUUCAAUCUCAACUUCAACGAAGAAGAAUGCUUGGAGAUUGAACGAUUCCUUGGUGCACCAUACAGCAACUUUGAAACUGAAAGAAAUUACUCGAUGGAAGAUAUUUUGGCUCAAACAAGAAUCAUUAAGGAAUUUCUUGAACAGUCGAAGACAAGCAAACCACAAGAAGAGAAUCCAUUCAAUGCCCUAAAUGACGAUUUUUGUGCAGAAGCUUGCAACAAUGACAUGUUUGAUUUCUCUACUUUCAACAGAGCUCCAAAAUCACCAUUGUUGUUCGAUGACGAUCUUGAGUUCUUGUAA